AUGUCUCCCAGUAUACAGGAGAUCUUGCGGGCCAGGAAGGAGGAAAUGAUGAAGCAGAUGAUGCGCGAUCUGGAGGAGAAAAUGGCUGCCGAGGAAGCUAGGCUCAUGAUCACACAGAGCAUCGAAGGAGAGCAGGAAUUACCCGAGCACGCGGUCGAGGGCAAAAGUUCUGAUGAAAGCAGUACAGAACAGGCUGCCAAAGAAAAGUCCAAAGCUCCUGUUUUGCACCAACGAACGAUGACAGGCAGAGGAAAACUUUCACCAAUCGGAGUAUAUGCCAGUACCCCCGCGGCCGGCUCCGAAAUUAGCGAAGCAGACUCAGAUCAGAUAAGUCCCAGCGUUCGAGCUCAAAUUCUUGCGGAAAAAAGGAAGAGCCAGAAAAUGCCGGUCCGGUUUAGUGAGCCUGAAGGUGGACAAUCUCAAGGUCUGAGCUCCAACAAAUCCGUGGCAGCCAUCAGCUCGAAACCUUCGACGAUUGCAAGACAAGGCAAGACACCGUUACAACCGGCUAAGUCAUCCACCGCGUCGUCGUCAAAAACUCUACCCCGAAAGUCAGCCUCAAUUGUACACGACCAUGACACCGACGAAACGAGAGAAGAAUCGCCAGACCCCAGCGAAAACACCCCAGAUGAACAGGGAGUCGACAUCGGUGACGUGAAUAUGGGUAUGGACACAGGUGAAGAACUGCGACCAAACUCCAAGGCUUUUCGGCGAUCCCUCAACAUUCGGAUGGGCGUGAUGAUUGAAGGGACUGAUCAAAUUGAUAGGAAGAAAUUGAGGCUACGACGGCAAUGGGUGUUGGAGGAGUGUCUGAGCAAGGGCAUACGCUUGGACACUUCUUUCAAUUCUUAUGCUUAUGAGACGAAGAUGUGGCCUAUGAUCAAAUGGGUUGCAGCAACCGCCCCCAGGGACUGGGGCUGGGACCGCCUGUUGGUCAAGGACGUGAUUCGAACGAUGUGCUGGGAUCGGGGACGCAACAAAAGGAAUCGAGAACUCAGAGCAGCUGGCGUUCCCCCGGAUGCUACAAGAGCUCGCAGAAAACGACUCCCUCCCACGACAGCCGAUGAUAGUGGUGGCUCAGGCAAACAAGACAGUAGCCAAAGAGUCGAGACGGCUAUGGAGGCCGAUGGAGAAGCGGAUGAAGGCCCCAUGUCCACACGGAGAUCGACUGCCCCAACCAGCCCAAUAAUAACACCACCGCCACAGCGAUCACGUACAAUGAAUGCCCAAAACAAAGAUAAUCGCGGAGUUCAACAACCGGUGGUGCUGACGGCGCCAGCGGGUGGUCGAAACCAGGCAAGUAAAGUUAGCAAAGCCCCAACUGCUGCCACUAAAUCCAAACCCACUACAAACAAACGGCCGCAGGUCGAUGGUGGCGCUGAAGGUCCAAAAGCUAGCUCUCCCAUGGCCGUACCGAUCAGCAAAUUUGUUCGUGAUCGUAUGCAAGUUCAAAGUCCCCCUUCCCCGCAAUUUGAGUCAAGCCCCCUCGUCCCCCCUGCCCGCACCCCCGUUCAUUUGCAAAAAUUCAGGCAGCCCAAAUCAACAGCACCUGAAACUGUCAGUUAUGCGGCAAAAGAUAAAGCUGAUACAGACAAGGAGAAGGAUGUCAUCCAGGUGUUCAUGGGCAAAAGGGUUUUCCGUUUUGCCACCGACAUAGAAUGGGACGAGUUUGAACUUGAAAUUCAAAGUCGUGUUACUUUAGAGGCUGAUGAGUCUAUGUUUUACCGGGCGCGUGGUGGGCGUGAUAAAGAGUGGAAGCCUCUUGCCUAUCCUGUCGAGUUGGAAAGGAUGAUAGAACAAUACGCUGAGUGUGGGGCUGAAAUUUGUAUCAAGGAAGCGCGAGCGUUUAUAGAGGAGGAGGAGGAGGAGGAGGAUGGUGCUCGUGUUAGGAGUAGAAACAAUUCACUGCCUGCUGAAGAGCCUGGAGAACCUGACCUUGUGAUUGGAGGACAGGACAUCAAUAAUCAUUUCGAAAUAACACAAACUCUCGUCCCAAACACCCCGAAUGAUCACGAAAAGGACAAGUUGCCAAGUAGUACGGGAUUGAUAAGCCCACCUGAUUCGAACAAGGACUCGGCUUCACCGGAGGGCUUAGAGAUGAUUAACGAAAGCAAUAAACUUUGCAAAAGAAAAUUCUCGUAUCCUGAACAUGUCCAACUGCUAUCACCGGAGCCAUCUCAAGUACCAGAUUCACAAAUCCCCAGUACACAGACAGCUGUUUCGCCUAUCGUGAAGAGAAAACGAGGCCGCCCAAGAAAAAAUGAGAGUAUCCCGGAGUCACAACUGCCUGCUUCACAGACUGCAGAUCAAUUGCAAGAGGAUAUCAAUAAACGCAAAUCGACUAGGAAGAUUACCAAAAGUAUGAAAGUUUUAGAUAACGGAGAGACCCAGAAAAUUACCGGUGAUGCUAAUAAAUUGAAAUGUGCGAAGAAUAAAUGGAAGGAAGAGUGGGCUGGGUUUGAAACACGCAAUCCACCAGCGUAUUUAACUGCACGUGGAACGUCAGAGGCUAAGCCCGGGAGAUAA